AAAGAAAAAGAAGACGGGAAAGAAAAUUAGCGGUUGGCACAUUACAGUUACGUAACAAAAUUAUGUCUUUGGAAUAUAUCUGAAUCCAACAAUUUUUUCAUGAUCUUCAUCUUUCUAGGGUUUUCUCAAAUUCUUCCAAAUCAAUCAAUGCAAUUUUGAAAUUCAUCUCAAAACGACGCAGUAUUCGAUCGCCACUCUUCGGUUGUUUGAAUCCAACGCAAACUCGCGUAAUCCCAGAUCACAUUUUCGUUUUACUGGGGGAAUGAAUUUGUUGGUGUGGUGAUUUGGGGUCAAUUGGAAGCUUUUGAUGGUUUUAUUAUAAUUCAUUCAUGAAUCAUGUGACUUUAGGUGUAAAGCUAAAUAAAACAGAGUAUGUAAGAGAUUUCUCAACCAAGGGGAUAGUGCUGCAAUGUUGGAAUCUAAAGAAAUGAUAUCGUUCAAAUCUUACCAGGAUCAAGCUAAUAUGUUCGUGAAAGAUUAUAUACUAGCAGAUUCUUUGAUUCCAUAUACUUCUGUUAUAGGUGGCAUUUUAGCUUGCAAACUGAUCUAUGAUCUAACUCAGCUUAUUGGCACUAAUUACUUUAAGACCUAUAACAGUUUCUCAAAAAUCCAACGUAUUGAGUGGAAUAACCGAGCUAUAUCAACUAUUCAUUCAAUUUUCAUAACAGCCAUGUCAUUAUACUUGGUGUUUUGCUCAGAUUUAUUUUCUGACGACCAGUCUACUGAUCCUAUUACUGUUCGAAGCUCUUCAUUGUCAACAUUUGCACUAGGGGUUUCUGUUGGUUACUUCAUUGCUGAUAUAGCGAUGAUAUUUUGGUACUUUCCUUCUCUUGGUGGAUAUGAGUAUGUGGUUCAUCAUCUGCUUUCUUUAGUAGCAGUAGCAUAUUCAAUGUUGAGUGGGGAAGGGCAGCUUUACACAUACAUGGUCCUGAUCUCUGAGACAACUACUCCAGGAAUCAAUUUGAGAUGGUAUCUCGAUGUUGCCGGUAUGAAAAGGUCCAAAGCUUAUCUCAUCAAUGGGGUCGUAAUAUUCCUUGCUUGGAUGGUUGCCAGAAUACUUUUGUUCGUUUACAUGUUUUACCAUGUCUACUUGCAUUUUGAUCAGGUUGAGAAGAUGCACAUCGUUGGACAGAUACUGGUAAUAGUUGUGCCAAUUGUACUAUCUGUUAUGAACUUGGUUUGGUUUGCAAAGAUUGUUAGAGGAUUGAGGAAGACACUGGCAAAGAGGCAAUGAUAAUCUGCUUAGAAAUGCUUACUACAGAAACAUGUAUAGGUUUCCCUGUUUAUAUAUGUCACCUUGUCUGAACUGCACUGAAAGAUGUAACAGUAUCCAAUUAUAGUUUUAUAUAUAGUUUGGAUCCCGAAACCUAAUCUGUUUUUGGUGUUAAUGUAGAUAUAUAAAUGCUUCACAAGUUUUCAACUUUAUACCAAAUGUCUUAUAAUUUUAGUUUUAUUUAGUAUCUCACAUUGUAAACCAGUAAUGGUUGGAUCUAUAAUCCUACGAACGUGCAAAACCAGGCUUUAAAUUCCGAC